CGCAGAGUACUGAAUGGGGACAUAAAGUGAAGGGUGGCAGAGAGACUCCAUGACCACGUCAGUAUUUCCCACGUGCCAGCUCCUCCACACAUGCCGCCCGAGGCCUCACUUACUCCAUCGCACGCCUGGUUCGACGACCAACAACAGGAGGCAGUUGACACUUGCGGUAACCGCGACGACACGAGCGAUGGAAGCAGAGCGGAAGAACGAUGGGGCGCUUAAGAAGGGCAUAGCGGAGUUCUACGACGAGUCUUCCGAGAUGUGGGAGGACAUCUGGGGCGACCACAUGCACCACGGCUUCUACGACCCGGAUUCCACGGUUUCGGUCUCGGAUCAUCGGGCCGCCCAGAUCCGCAUGAUCGAUGAGGCGCUCCGAUUCGCCGGGCUUUCGGAGGAUCCUACAAAAGGGCCUAAAAGCGUAGUUGAUGUUGGGUGUGGGAUAGGCGGUAGCUCCAGAUACUUGGCAAGAAAAUAUGAGGCCAAAUGCCAAGGUAUCACCCUUAGUCCUGUCCAGGCCCAAAGAGCUAAUGCUCUUGCUGCUGCCCAAGGACUAGCCGACAAGGCUUCCUUUCAAGUUGCAGACGCUUUGGAACAACCAUUUCCUGAUGGACAAUUUGAUCUGGUGUGGUCCAUGGAGAGCGGUGAACACAUGCCUGACAAAGCAAAGUUUGUUAAUGAGUUGGUUCGGGUUGCAGCCCCAGGAGCAACUAUAAUAAUAGUAACAUGGUGCCAUAGGGAUCUCGCUCCUUCUGAGGAAGCUUUGCAGCCGUGGGAGAAAGAGCUUCUGAACAAGAUAUGCAAAUCUUAUUAUCUUCCAGCAUGGUGUUCAACUGUUGAUUAUGUCAAAUUACUGGAGUCUCUUUCUCUCCAGGAUAUUAAGACAGCAGAUUGGUCACCGUAUGUCGCCCCAUUUUGGCCAGCAGUGAUACGGUCGGCAUUGACAUGGAAGGACAUGACAUCGCUGUUGCGAAGUGGACUAAAAAGCAUAAAAGGAGCUUUGGCAAUGCCAUUGAUGAUCCAAGGAUUUAAGAAGGACCUGAUUAAAUUUGCCAUCAUCACGUGUCAAAAGCCCGAAUAAGCUAGUGAGGAAGCAAGAUGCACGAGCAUGAAUAAGGUUUGCCACUGAUGAUGCUAUUACCUUUUUUUGUUCUCUCUCGUUUGUUGUUUUAAAGGGUAUCUUCUCUCUAUUUUGAAUUUCGUUAUGUACAUUUGAUGUAAUGGGAGAAAUGGCCACAAACAGGAGCAUGAGACCAGAAAAUCUCAGACAGAACAAUAUCCAGAGCCAAUAAAAUAAGUUUGCUGUCUUACUCUU